CGCCUCGCGCCGCCGGGGUAGUAGGGAGGACGCGACGCUGUCAUGGAAGACGCUGCGACGCCCGGGCUGACCGAAGGAGUCACAGAAAACCGAGUUCAGUUGGCUGCAGGUCGGGGAGGAGCCCUGGUGGAGCUCACGCCAAACCCCGGCGGCCUGGCCCUGGUGAGCCCCUACCACACCCACCGGGCCGGGGACCCCUUAGACCUCGUGGCGCUCGCAGAGCAGGUGCAGAAGGCUGAUGAGUUCAUCCGAGCAAACGCCACCAACAAGCUGACAGUCAUAGCCGAGCAAAUCGAACAUCUGCACGAACAAGCCAGGAAGGUAUUGGAAGAUGCUCGCAGAGAUGCUGACUUGCACCAUGUGGCUUGUAAUAUAGUGAAAAAACCUGGCAACAUUUACUACCUUUAUAAACGGGAGAGUGGUCAGCAGUAUUUUUCCAUUAUUUCUCCAAAGGAAUGGGGGACAAGCUGUCCACAUGACUUCCUUGGUGCCUACAAGCUACAGCAUGACUUGUCCUGGACUCCGUACGAGGACAUUGAGAAGCAAGAUGCUAAAAUCAGCAUUGUGAACAAGUUGCUAAGCCAGCCAGUGGCUCUGCCUUCAAGCACUGAACCCAGCUUCCAGGGGUUCAGUUCCACUGAGAGUGGACUCUGACAAACGCUGUCACGACAAGGACCAGUCACCUCCUUGUUGCUCCAAUGUCUGCCUUGAUGGGAAGUGGCAUGUAGGUGAAUCAUGAACUUCUUGGAAGGCGAUCCUCUGUGAAUGUAAAUGCUGUCGUUACUACUUUUAGUUGGGAUGAUGAAGAAUCAUAUCAGUCUCUUUGGGGAUCCUCUCUGGGUCAUAGAUAUGAAACCAGUCAGUUGCAUAGCACUGGCCAGUGUACUUUCUUUCUCCAUUAUCUCCAUCUGUUCUCCCAUAAGUCACACCAUUAGAGAAAGAAGAGUUUCUUCUUUCCACAAAAAGGUUACCGAGUCAUUUCCCGGAGAGGACUGUUAUUAGCCUUUUUGUAACUGAAAGUGUUUAAGAUUAGGGUUGAGGCUAUUUAACAGUUGGUGUAACCCCAGCUUCAGAUUCAUCUGGGAAGCAGAAUAUUGGGUACUGGAGGAUGAUAAACAACUUGGCUUGGCUAGUGAGAGAGGGUGUGUGAUUCUGCUAUUUCUGCACUGUUGAUGAGGUUUGGCUUGCCCCAUUCUGCUCUUUCUGUCAAGAUAGGAUGCCCGGAGAAACUGAGGCAGUAGCAAUGGCCAGGUUUUGGGUUUUGGUCAGGUUCAGCCUCUAAACUCACAGAAUUUUAGACUUGGAAGAGAUGUUGGAGGCUGCUGCUAACCAUGGUAUGAAUCCACUCUCUAGCCUCACUGAGCUGGAGAUCCAGAGAUCAGCCAUCUGCAGCAUGAAAAAUCCACUAAAUGGCAACUUCAGAAUAUUAUGGAAGAGAGAAUAGUGCAGCGGGUGAGAAACAAGAAAAACAGCCAGCCUGUUGGUUAGGAGUUAACUCAGAUUAAAACUCAUUUUGACCUGGAUUAUUAAGGAACUUAGAGGCUCUUUGGCUGAGUUUUUAUGCUGAUUCUGACUGAGCCCUUGUGGGAUUCUACCUCACUACUUGUCUGUUCAGUGGAAUUAACUAAUUGACCGUGUAUCCUGCAUUGCUUUACUUCCUCUCAGUGCCAUAUAAUCUAUCACAACAUGCGGUAAAAGGAGUGAGAGAUGUGUGCUCGAAACCA